GCAGCCCGCGCCGCGGCUGCAGCAUGGGCGACCGCGCCAUCCUCUUCGUGUUCGCCGCUGCCGCUCUCCUGCAGCCCAGCCACGGAGGCUGGUUCUGGCGGACUUGUGACCAUGAACUGGUUGGCCCCCUCUACACUUGGAAUCUCGGAGCAUCUUCCCGAUCCAGCAUCUUCCGCGCUGCCACAUUCGCUCGGAUUUAUGGUGCCGGAGGCUGGUCUCCCGACCCGCAAGACAAGCAACCGUGGCUGCAGAUUGACCUGACCAAGAAAUGCCGAAUCAAUGCCAUUGCCACUCAGGGGACCUUCAAUAGCUACAACUGGGUGACACGCUACAUUGUGCUCUAUGGGGACCACCCCAGCAACUGGAAGCCUUACUUUCAACAAGGGAGCAAUUGGACUUUUUUUGGCAAUGUGAACGCGAGUGGCGUGGCCCUCCACAACCUGCAUCACCCCAUCCUGGCUCGGUACCUCCGCAUCAUUCCUGUGGCCUGGAAUCCACAUGGUUCCAUUGGCUUACGUGUGGGCCUUUAUGGCUGCUACUACCAGUCUGACGUCUUAUAUUUCGAUGGCGACGAUGCCAUCGCCUACAAGUUCCGCACCAGAACGGUCCGUACCGUCCAAGACAUGCUCGGGUUCAACUUCAAGACGAUGGAACGCGAGGGGAUCUUAAUGUACGCGGCGGGGGCCCAGGGCGACUACAUCAGCCUGGAACUGCAGCAGGCCCAACUGGUCUUCAGCAUAAGCCUUGGCAACAGCUCACUAAACAUGAGCGGAGGGGAGACGGUUAUGAAAUUGGGAAGUCUCUUGGAUGACCAACACUGGCACCAAGUUCGCAUCGACCGCUACAGGCGAUUUGUCAAUUUCAGCUUGGACGGGGAGGUCUUGCAGUUCCGCCUUAACGGAGAGUUUGAUCAGCUUGACCUGGACAAAGAGAUCUUCUUUGGGGGAAUAAUGAACUAUGAGAAGCAGCGCCUUGUCUAUCGGCCAAACUUCCGCGGCUGCAUGGAAAACAUUGCCUACAAUUUGGUCUAUAUCAGCAACUUGGCAAGACGUCGUAAACCAUCUAUUAGGAUCGAGGGACAUUUGGGCGACUACUGUCGGGACAACCUCUUGUUCCCCUUCACCUUUGCCGGGGUCAACAACUUCUUGCAAGUGCCCGGGUACCCGCGGCGCAAUCAGCUGGCGGUCAGCUUCAGCUUCCGCUCCUGGGACGUUGUGGGGCUGCUCAUGUACACGUCCUUUGCAGACGACCUGGGCUGGCUCGAAAUGGUGCUGAGCGACGGGCAGAUCAACGUGACCAUUGCUCAGCCAAAAACCAAAACGAAGACCAAGAAGCUGGAGUUUGCGGCAGGAUAUCGCCUGAAUGAUGGCUUCUGGCAUUCAGUGGCCUUGAUGGUGCGUGAAACCAUGGCCGUCAUCACCAUCGAUGACCAGAAUGACGCCAGCUUCCGCGUUGACAGAGACAUUCAGCUGCGCACGGGGAACCAGUACUUCUUUGGAGGGUGCCCCAAGCCAGCCUCUCGUACUGGCUGUGCUUCCAACCAAACGGCCUUCCAUGGGUGCAUGCAGAUGGUCAGUGUGGACCGGCAGCCCAUCGAGUUAGACAUGGUCCGUCUGCACCGGCUCGGCAAGUACUUUGAGGUGUACUUCAACGUGUGCGGCAUCACAGACAGGUGCACUCCCAACAUGUGCGAACAUGGAAGCCGCUGCGUCCAGUCCUGGGAUGACUUCACCUGCAUCUGCGACUUGACGGGCUACAAGGGGGAGACCUGCCACACACCCGUUUACAAGGAAAGCUGCGAGGCCUACCGACUCAGCGGCAAGGUGUCUGGGAACUACACCAUUGACCCGGACGGCAGCGGGCCCCUGAAACCUUUUUAUGUCUACUGUGAUAUUCGAGAGGACCGGGCUUGGACAAUCGUCUGGCACAAUCGAUACUGGGUCACACGAGUGACCGGUUACAGCCCUGAAAGGCCUUUCCUGGGCACUGUGGACUACUGGAACGCCUCGUGGAGCGAGGUGUCGGCCCUGGCCAAUGCCUCCGAGUACUGCGAGCAGCAAAUUGAGUUCCGCUGCUACUUCUCUCGACUGCUCAACACCCAGACUGGGAUGCCGCUGAGCUUCUGGAUGGGCCGAAACGAAGAGCGCCAUUACUACUGGGGGGGAUCUCCCCCAGGGCUGGGGCGCUGCGCUUGCGGCAUGGAUAAGAACUGCGCCGACCCCCGUUUCUACUGCAACUGCGAUGCGGACCAUGCUAUGUGGCGGGCGGAUAAAGGGCUGCUGAAUUUUGUCGACCAUCUUCCUGUCACGCAGGUGGUGAUCAGCGACACGAACCGCACUGGGUCGGAGGCCCAAUUCUAUGUGGGCCCGUUGCGUUGCUAUGGCGACCGCAACUCUUGGAAUACCGUUUCUUUCGUCCGGGGAAUGGCUUUGAUCUUCCCCACCUUCCAAGUCAACUACAGCCUGGAUAUCAGCUUCUUCUUCAAGACUUCUGCCCCAUCUGGCACUUUCCUGGAGAACAUUGGGCCGAAGAACUACAUCCGUGUGGAGCUUAACACUACCCAAGAUUUGGUAUUCGCCUACGACAUUGGCAACGGGGACGAGAACCUGACAGUGCACUGGGACAUGCCCUACAAUGACAACGAGUGGCACGAGGUCAGGGCAGAGAUCAACGUGAAGCUCGCUCGGAUGCGGGUUGACCGGAUGCCCUGGGUUGUGCGAGCAGCCCCUCCCCAGACCUUCCUUCACAUGAACCUCACGAAGCCUCUCUACGUGGGUGCUGCCGAAUACUACCUGCGCCCCUUCUUGGGCUGCUUGCGGGGCCUGCGCAUGAACGGGGUGGCCCUCAACUUGGAGGGGAAAGCCAACGAGACGGAAGGGGUGCUUGUGAACUGCACCGGGCAUUGCCGGAACCCCUUGGUGCCGUGCCGGAACUACGGCACUUGCCUGGAGUCCUACAGCCACUACACCUGCAACUGCUCGGUCUCUGCCUUUGAAGGACCUUUCUGCAACCUGGACAUCGGCGCCUACUUUGAGCAAGGCACGUGGGUGCGCUACGACAUCAUGACGAUGCCCUUGCACGUGGUCCGGGAGUUCUCCAACAUUCUCCACCAGCCGAUUCAGCCGCUCCCCGGCUACAACCUGACCAGGGAGGAUGUGUGGCUCAGCUUCCGCACCACUUCGGCCCCCGCUGUCCUGAUUUACGUCAGCACCUUUGUGCACGAUUACAUGACCAUUUUGAUCCGCGAGGACGGCAUCCUGCAGCUGCACUACCAACUGGGCUCCCUCCCUGCCAUCUACCCUCUGAGCACACGCUCUGUGGCCGACGGACAGCCACACAGUAUCAAUGUCACGCGCGUCAAUCGAACGUUGUACACACAGUUGGAUUAUUACCCUGUCCAGGUGUACCAGCUCUCCCUUUUUGUGGAUGGCAAACUUGACUCGCCCAAGGCGCUCUAUCUUGGUCGUUUCAUGGAGACAGGCCUGAUUCACCCGGACAUCCAAAGGUACAACACACCGGGCUUCACGGGUUGCCUCUCGGGAGUGAAAUUCAACAGCAUUGUGCCUCUGAAGACCAUCUUCCGGGCCAGUGGCAAAAAUCCCAUCCGCCCCUACAGCAUCAAAGGGCGGCUGGUGGAGUCCAGCUGUGCCUCUAUGCCCAACUCUUACGUCGAGACGCCACCGGAACUUGACCCCUGGUACAUAGACCCAGUUGACUUCCUGUACAUCCACGAUGACGGCUGGAUCGCGAUCAUCUUUGGAGUGAUAUUUUUCCUGCUCCUGCUGCUGGCGGCCGCUCUCCUCUUGAUGUACCUGCACCACCACCGCUACAAGGGCUCGUACCACACCAACGAGCCUAAGGCCAUCCAGGACUACAACAGUAGCAGCAGCAGUGCUGGCGGCGGCGGUGGCAGCGGCGGAGCUGCUCCCACCCCGCCGGCGAAGCCUGCCGCCUCACGGAAGGAUCAAAACUUGCCACAGAUCCUGGAGGAGUCCAAAACCGAAUAGCCGACCGGAGCGAGGAGCGCCGAUUCCUCCCUCCGCUGGUGCUGCCUGCAGCCUCUUGGCAAGACCAAACCUGAACUGCCAACUGUGCCACUUUCUGGGAGGCCGACCUUCUCCUCCUCCCCUCCGCCCCACAGCGAGACAACGGCCCUCCUGGUGCCUCCGCCUUGUUUCACCUGCACAUCCUGUGGAGUGUUGCUGCAUCUUCCAAUUGGAUCCAAUUCCGAUGUCAAUCAAAGGUCCUCCGCCCCCAGCCCGAGUUUCUUUUCUUUAAUAGCCUGAUUCUCCCCAGUCUCAUUUCUCAUCUCUCGAGGGGAUCAGGUUGGUGCCUAAGAAGAUGCCCGAAUGAUACUGGAGGGUGGUUGUUCCCCGACCCCCAGAGCUAUUAAGUGUCUCUGCGCUCCUUCCUGUGUCUGGACUGCGCGGAGUCUCCUUUGGAGCAAAAUUGGGGGGGCAGAGGUGACGCAUGACAGGCUGUGGCAAGCAGCCCGUGCCCAGACUUUCUCCAAGCCAAACUCCACAGAUCCUUGCCGUUUGAAGAGAGACACUGGACGGUCAAUAUUGCACUUUCUUCCUUUUUAUUUUGUUUUUACGGAACAAGGGGAAAUGCAACGCAAUAUCCAUUCUGGCCUUUUCACGCGUGACUCACUAGCACAUAGUCUUCCUGCUUAAUUGCUUAGCAUUUAAUUAAAACAAAAAACAAAAACAAAAAGCCAUUAGUCGAGCCAUGCAAUAUAGCAUAUUUUAGAUCUCGGCACGUUAUAUUGUGCCCUGAGAGAAAUCCAAUGUGCAAUGUAGGUAUCUGCCUGCCAGUAUAUAUAUAUAUAUAU